UAUUUACACUUCGAACGACUAAGACUUAAAAUUGAGUGCAAAAUGUUUAAAGCAAUUCCUUGGUCUUGGCAGCUGCCACUGGCAUUUAUUAUCUGUUGUAGUGAAUUUUAUAUUCCAACCCAUGGUGGGUGGGUGAAUGAUUUUCACCAGAAUGAAACUACUUUGGAUGUUAUAGAGGCGAUGAUACGACGUCAAACGCUAAUCAACAGUUUAGAUGGCAUGAAAAAGUCUGUAGAACAAUUAAAUUUUAGAUCAUAUAUCGAAGAAAAUGAUGAGAGAGAUCCUGAAAUGUUUGAUAUACGCAUUGAUGCUUUACCCGAAAAAUGUCAAAUACUAGGUACCCCCAGAAGUUGUGCCGAAGCAACCGCUUGCACCCAACGCAGUGGCUAUUACCACAUAAAAAUUGAUCAGUUUAGUAAUGCCUCCUUCCUGGUGCAAUGUGAUGCUCAUACCGAAGGAGGUGGCUGGACGGUAAUACAGCGACGUCAAGAUGGCUCCGUUGAUUUCUAUAGACCUUGGGAUGAUUACAAAGCCGGUUUUGGGGAGGUUGAAGGAGAAUUCUUCAUUGGUUUGGAUAGGCUACAUGCUCUGACCAAUUACCAGGGUGUGCAGGAGUUGAUUAUACAAAUGGAACAUCUCAAUGAGACCAAUGGCAAUAAGGUGACUUCCGCGCAGGCCAAAUACGAUUCCUUUGCCAUUGGUGCAGAAUGUGAUAAGUACAACUUGAAGAGGAUUGGCAAAUAUUCGGGAACAGCAGGUGAUUCCUUGCAAAUUCAUAUUGGAUGUAAAUUUUCAACCAAAGAUCAGGAUAAUGAUAAGCAUGCCAGUAAGAAUUGUGCAGAGUCGUAUUUGGGUGGUUGGUGGUAUAAUAGUUGCCAUUGGAGUAACCUGAAUGGACACUAUGGCGAUGUUAAUCAUGGCAAAGGAAUUAAUUGGAGAACUUGGAUGGGUCACACUGUCUCCUUGAAAUAUGUUCAAAUGAUGAUACGACGCCAUAGGUGUUAAAUGGCUUUAUCCCUGGAUGCUGUUGGUCUCAAAAAUAAUAAAUUUUAGCUUAAGUCUACAACAAAUUCAA